AUGCAGGAGUUGAUCAAGUUUGUCCUUGGUCCCCUCGGUUCAUGGUCACGAGCUGCGCACAUGUUGUCUUACGCUCAAGAGGCAGCACAACAGCUUCGCUUGAAAUAUGAGCGCCCUUUACAAGUCCUGCGAGUCGCCAUUGAGGCACGUUUAUGGACACUCAAGCCGCGCGCGUUGCCAGAACACCUGUGGGAGGACAUCGCCCGGCUCGCCUGCGUCGACGGAGGAUUCACCGGCUGCUCGCUCUCCCUCACCUCCAAAUACAUCCGCGCCGCCACCCGAGCCACGCGCUUCCACUCCGUCGCCCUGACCUUCCGGCAGCGCCCCCAGCAGGCCGCCCUCUUCCUCGCCUGCCUCGAAGCCGAGACCGCGCGCUGCGCCCCAGAACGCACCCGGCGGCCCGUCGUCCGCCACCUCUACCUCGCCUCCCCGGGCUCCGCGCACGCGGACACGCGCGCGCAGUACGAGGCCGCGGUGCGCGGCCUCCUGCGCCGCGUCGCGCCGGACCUCCACUCCCUCGUCCUCGCCCGGCGCGCGCCCAACCUCGAGCCCCCCCGCGCGCGGUGGUCGUCGUGGGCCGCGGUGCUCCCCAGCCCCGACGGCGCGCGCUCGCUGCCCCUGCCGGACGCCGUCGCCGCGACGGCCUUCCCCGCGCUCCGCGAGCUCUGCCUCGUCGGCCGGCGCGCGCCCGGCGCGGGGCGCGACUGGCCGCCGUUCGCGCCGGAAGGCGGGCGCGUGGCGGCGGCGACGCUCCCGAAGCUGACCCACCUCGAGGUCGUCGGGGAGGAGGGCGCGGCGCUGGGCGGGUGGGCGGCGUGGGGCGCGCGCGGCGCGCGGCUCACGCACCUGCGCGUGUCGGAGCUCGGCGGGUGCUGGCGGGAGGGCGGGGGCCUCGCGACGCUGGUGGCCAACGCAUUUGAAGAGCGCGACGAGCCUGAGGGAUCAGGCUUCGCCGGGAGUCCCCUACCACACCUGCGCGUGCUGCUGGCGCAGUCGGCUCCCUCCGUGGUGUUCACUGAGGCCCUGGAGAGGUUGCACGCCGAGUCCGGACGACGCUGGGCCAUCGUCCCUAUCCACCCGGUCGAGAGGCUUCGGCCAGAGUGGAUGAUUUACAGGCUGAAGGGACCGGUGGCGGACGACGUCGUGGACUGGCGCGACAGACUCGAGGGUGGUCCUGGGCGGUGGAGGGUCGAGGAAUCUUGGUUCGAUAAAUCGGCGCGGUGUUGGUUGUAA